AUGAAAAAGUUUGCAUAUAGUUCUAAGUUACCGUGUGUUAUUGUUGUAAUGUUUUCUACUUGUAUAUCAAUACUAAUGUUUUUAUUGACAUUCAACUACGGCGAAUUGUAUGGUGCCUACAGUGACAGAUCGCUAAGAAUAAAUCAUGAUAUAAAAGAAAAACUAAACCAAUUCAGAAUAAAGAGAAAAGAGGCGUUUAUUGUCACUCCGCCAUUUGAAAUGAACACAUUUAGUAAGAUGUAUGUUACUCCGGCUACAGUAUCCAAUGAAGCUUCAGAUGAAGCCGAGACCAAUAUCGCCAGACCUGAUAAUGAUGAUAAUAUAUACGAUAAAUCUGAAAGACAUAAAAAAGAUUACGAUAGCAAUGAAAUUACAGAGAAAGGAGCAAUGACAGAGAGAGAGCCUUUAGACGAUAACGAAAAUAUGAAUCUUAGAAAUACGUAUAGUUUACAUACUAAACCCGUUAAUAACAUGGAUAUAAUGAUGCAAGUUAUAUCAAAACAAAAUGACUUGGUUAAAAAAAUAAUAGCGCUAUAUAAAGCCGAAAUCAAGCAGAAGCAGUUUCAGAAAAUUUUAAAUUCUGUACACAAGAAGAAUAAUAAACAAUUGUUAAGACAGGCUAAAGAUGGCACAUCACCAGGCGAUGAUGGCACAUCACCAGGCGAUGAUAGCACAUCACCAGGCAAUGGUGACACAUCACCAAGCAAUGGUGACACAUCACCAGGCAAUGGUGACACAUCACCAAGCAAUGGUGACACAUCACCAAGCAAUGGUGACACAUCACCAGGCAAUGGUGACACAUCACCAGGCAAUGGUGACACAUCACCAGGCAAUGGUGACACAUCACCAAGCAAUGGUGACACAUCACCAGGCAAUGGUGACACAUCACCAAGCAAUGGUGACACAUCACCAGGCAAUGGUGACACAUCACCAAGCAAUGGUGACACAUCACCAGGCAAUGGUGACACAUCACCAAGCAAUGGUGACACAUCACCAGGCAAUGGUGACACAUCACCAAGCAAUGGUGACACAUCACCAGGCAAUGGUGACACAUCACCAAGCAAUGAUGACACAACACCAAUCAGUACAGAAAAAACACCAAGCAGUACAGACACAACACCAAGCAGUACAGACACAACACCAAGCAGCGCAGACACAACACCCAGCGCAAGUAGUCAGACUGACGCGGGAAAGAGAGGGAUGAUGUCGAUAGUAAGGAUCGAUGAAGCCGCAAUUAAGAGGCAGCUUGUAAAGAACCCGUUCGUGAGACGAAUACUAAACAUGGCGCAGAAGAAGAGAGAAGAGUAUAUUAAUAGGAGGAGGCAAGAGAUGGCGCUGCAACGAAAAGGUUAUACAUAG